GCAUCUGUCAAACAUCCGAGAAUCUCGAUUUUUGCUCCGUGGCCGCCGCUUGGAGAGAUUUCCUGACGUGUUUCUUUCGCUGAAUUAUAGUACUGGACAAAAAGUGCUUAUUUUGCGGUAAAAGAAGUUCAAUAAUUGUGAUUUACGAUGUUUAACAUUGCAACGCACAUGGACUUUGAGGGCCAGGGACGCGCCGAGCGUCUGUCCCGGUUGAUCAUCACCCUGUUCGGCGCCGUCGGACUGGUCUGGGGCUACGUGAUCCAGCAGUUCUCCCAGACGGUGUACAUUUUGAUUGCCGGAGUGCUGCUGGCUUCGAUCUUAACCAUUCCGCCUUGGCCAAUCUACCGCCGCAAGGCACUAAACUGGCAGAAACCCCGUCCGGAAGCUCAAGUCACAACCCCAGGAUCGGAACCCGAGUCCAGUAAGAAAAAGAAAAAGUAGUUUGUAAGCUUUCUUUAAAUGUCUUUAAAUAAACAGUAUCGAAAUAACAAAA